AUCCAGCAAAGACCUUUACUGCCAUGCACUUGCUGAAGGGAAAUCAGAAGCAAAAUUAGAGGAACAGUAAACCAAAGAGACCAGGAGAGACAGCAACACCUUCCUCUGAGGACUAAACCCGUACCGGAAGUAAACCUGUUGGCGACCUGGAGAAGGGGAGUGCAGCAUGCAGGGGUACGAGGUUGGUACCAGGCUGCGCUACAGGCUGACUCUGGCCUCGGGGAUGCUGGAGUGUCUGUGCUUUGCUGGUGUGGUCUUUGGGUUCGCCUCUCUGGUGUUUGUGCUGAAAGAGGAUGGCUACUUCAGUCAGCUGUGUGUCAGCGUCCCAGAUGCCAGCGGCAACCUGACCAGUGCAGACUGUAGUCGACAGGAUGAGCAGUUCUCUCUGGUCUUCACCAUCGCCUCGUUCCUCAACAACUUCCUGACUCUAGUCAAUGGCUACCUGUUUGAUCGAUUUGGUACCAUGGUGACGAGGCUGCUGGGAAUAUGUUUGUAUACGACUGGAACCCUUCUUGUGGCCUUCUCCAGUGCAGUGUUUUCAGAGCUGCUUUUUCCUGCCUUGUCCUGCAUCGCUGUGGGGGGAAUUCUGCUCCUUCUGACUAACAUGCAGGUGGGCAACCUGUUUGCGGCUCAUCGCUCCACCAUCAUCACCCUCUACAAUGGUGCCUUUGACUCCUCUUCUGCUGUGUUUCUCAUCAUCAAGGUCCUCUACGAACAGGGAAUCUGUCUCCGCUCCUCCUUCCUUGUUUUGUCUUUCUGCAGCAUCAUACAUCUGCUGAGGACCUUCCUGCUGAUGCCCAGAAGACACAUCCCCUACCCUCUGCCACAAUACUACACCUACGGAGUGAAUUGCAGCCAGGCCAACACUUACAACGUGGAGCAGUUGGAGAGGAUGAGGGAUGGUGCAAUGACAGAUUCACAGCAGUCCGGUGGGAGGGACAAUGUGCCACCAGCACCUGAGGACGGGACAGAGGCCCAAGACUCAGGAAAAGAGGCAAGUUUCAGGAGCUGUGUGCUGUCCUGGUUCUUCCUGUGGCAUAUAUUGUGGUUGUCCAUAAUGCAGCUGAGGCACUAUCUCUUCAUUGGCACACUCAACCCCAUGCUAAACCGGCUGGCCAACAAUGACCCCAACCUGGUGAGUCAGUACACCAAUGCUUUUGCCAUGACCCAGCUGUGUGGAGUGCUGUGUGCUCCCUGGAAUGGACUCCUCAUGGACAGACACAAGGGGAAGCCUCUGGCUCCAGGAGAAACAGAGCAGGAGGCAGACCUGCGCUCCUCCACUUUGUCUCUGUUCCUGACCUCGCUGCAGUGCCUGCUGUUCUCUGUGUGUGCCUCCGUUCCUUUCCUCCCACUGCAGUACCUCACCUUUGUUCUACAAGUCCUCAAUCGCUCUUUCCUCUAUGGGGGAAAUGCAGCGUUCAUUAGUAUUGCUUUUCCAGCCUGUCACUUUGGGAAGCUGUACGGCUUGGUGAUGUCCAUGUCUGCAGUUGUCUCUCUGCUGCAGUACCCCUGCUUCGCCCUGGUCAAAGGAGCUCUGGAUGGAGACCCCUUCUUUGUGGACAUUGCUCUGACUCUCCUCACUCUGCUGGUGUUUAUCCAUCCUGCCUAUGUCUUCUUCCACUGCAGGAGGAUAGCUCGCUACAGAGAGGACAACACCCAGACUGAGGUCACUAAUGGCUCCAAAAUGGCUGAAGCCAAGUUAUAGUUAAAGGGAUAAAUAAGGGUUUUAGGUGUGUUCUGUCUAGAAGUUUUACUUUUCAGGUUGUUAAAUGAUUUUCUUUGAGAAAAAGGAAGCAUCUUCUCACUUGCCUGUCUGCUCCUGUUCAGAAUUUCUUGAAAAUAGAUACAGUAAAGUAUUUUGGAUACCUUUUUUUAAUCUAAGUGCACUGAUAUUAUUUCAAAUGUUUUUAAUGUU